AUGAGUCCCAAUUACAUAGGCGAUUCGCUCUCUAAGGAGCUACCCAGUUUGGAGGAGUGGCCGCUCUCUUCAGACAAGAGCCAUGAAGGCCGCGUUGAGGGCCAUGCUUCGGGGGAGUCACAGGAAGGCCCCAAUGAGGAUGGAUAUUCCCAUUCAAGGUCAUCCACUCCUUACAUUGACGCAGCAGACAUUGGCCGGGUUCUUUCACCUGGCCCUUGCUCUGGAAGUAAUACGCGCUCGCGUGGCGGCCCUCCUUCGGUUGCUCAUUCUCUGGUGUCGCCCUCGAUCUCUGAGUCAGGCGAAGGAGAGGACCCAAGCUCCAUGGUGAGAUACCUCGCCCGACGUGCAACUCUUCUUGGCUGGUUCGACGAAUCCGAAGUUGAGCAGGGUGCUCAAAAUUGGUCGUCGACUUGUAUCUCUUUGCGCCAGGCUGACAAUGAAUAUUCAUUCUUCCCGUGCAAUGCCAAUCCUGCGUUGGCUGAUGCUAUUACUCGACUGGGAGAGACGGCCGCAAUUGCCAUGUCAUCUCGAUUCACGUCCGCUGUGAUCGACUUAAUUAUACCAGGCCAAAAGAGUCUGGUGGUCGAGAAUACCAGUGCCCGUAUUCCAAUUGUCUACUGUUUGAACGACGUCAACUCCGACCUAGUCCACUUUGCACGAGCUUGUAUCAUCGUGCAAGAGAGGCUUGUGCUGGUCUGGUCGCAUAAUGCGGGCGCCAUUCUCAACGUGGCUUUCGAUGUUGAGAGACAGCUCGGCAAGAAGAGCCCUCGUAUCUCCAACAUGACGACCCCGCGCGUUUCAGGACGUUCCUCUCCUCUCGAUCCCGAAUUGCGGAAUUCGACGCAGGUCUCAACCAAGGCAAAUAGCGCCGACAUUCCCGUCCGUGGAGCGCUCGAUGAAAAACACGAGAUAUAUAGUAAGGCUGUUGCCUUGGAAGAGGGAAUUGAGGAGGAUAAUACGCCUGUGGACCUGGAGGGGAAUUUGGCUCCUCGACCUGCUCAUCGGGUCCAUGCAUUUAAGAUUAGCUUUGCGAUCAUGCUGGUGAUCUUGACACAGGCGCUUGGUGUGUCCCGGUUGAUUAAUGAAUUUGCUUGGGAUGGGAGCUACACUCGUUUUGCGUUGGUUGUCACAAUCCCGCCUCUCGCGCUGUUCUCGUUGUUCUUCUUCAUUGUCCUGGUUACAAGUGCUUUUCAGCUUUUCCUCCCAGCCAGCUUCUGCUUGAAAAACUCCAAGUUCCACUCGGCGAUCAAACCCAACCCAAAGUUCCACCGUGAUUAUGGAUUGCCUCACAUCACAAUCCAAAUGCCUGUGUACAAAGAGGGACUGAAGGGUGUCAUUGUACCGACGAUGAUGAGUGUUCUGGCCGCCGUUCAAUACUACGAGGAGCAAGGUGGGACUGCAUCUGUUUUCAUCAAUGAUGACGGUAUGCAGUGUAUCCAGCCAGAGCUCGCUGAAGCCCGCAAACAAUACUACCAAGAGCAUGGAAUCGGCUACACGGCCCGCCUCCCUAACAGAAAGAGCUCCUCCAAGAAGAGGCGCGGAGUGUUCAGUUGGUUCCGCAUGUCCAAGUCGGUAAAGGAGAACACCGAAGCAAAGGAGGAAGAAGAAGACACAAGCAGCCCCCAGGCUAUCGCAAACAAGAUCGGCUUCGAGCGCAAGGGCAAGUUCAAGAAGGCUAGUAAUAUGAACUACGGACUGGCGUUCUCUAACAGGGUCGAGGAUGAGUUGACGCGCUUGACCCAGUUGGAGUGCCAGCAGCGCGGGUACACCACUGACGACUUGACGGUCGAGGAUGAUGACCGACUCUACCAGCAGGCUCUCGCUAACAUGCUCGCCGAAGAUGAGGGUCACACUUGGGCGGAAGGAAACAUUCGUAUUGGGGAGAUUAUACUUAUUAUCGACUGUGACACUCGAGUUCCGGUGGAUUGCCUCCUCUAUGGAGCGUUAGAAAUGCAUGAGAGCCCUGAAGUGGCGAUCAUCCAACACGGCUCCGGUGUCAUGCAAGUGGUCCACAAUAUGUUUGAGAACGGAAUCACGUAUUUCACGGACGUUGUCUACACUGCCAUCAAGUAUGGUGUCGGGUCCGGUGAUGUCUCCCCCUUUGUCGGACACAAUGCUUUCCUCCGCUGGAAGGCUAUUCAGAGCAUUCAAUUUGUAGAUCCCUCGGAUGGCCAGACAAAGUGGUGGUCGGACGCGCAUGUUUCCGAGGAUUUCGAUAUCAGUCUUCGGCUCCAAAUGCAGGGCAUGACUGUUCGCCUGGCAACCUACCACAAUGGCGGCUUCAAAGAAGGCGUGUCGCUCACAUUGUAUGAUGAGCUGACGCGAUGGGAAAAGUACGCUUACGGUUGUAACGAGCUCGUCUUCAAUCCAUUCUAUCAAUGGCCGUACAAAGGUCCAGUGACCAGGCUGUUCCUGCGCUUCCUAUGGAGUAACAUGCCUGUUACUAGCAAGGUAACCAUCAUUGCGUACAUUUUUACUUAUUAUGCUAUCGCCUCCGGUAUGAUGCUGUCGGUUGUCAACUAUAUCAUCGUCGGUCUCUUCAACUCUGAAAUUGACCACAUAUACUUGCGAUCGUGGGGAAUCUGGAUAUCCUUGGUUGUCGUUUUCAAUGGAGUUGCCUCUGUUGCAUUCAGCAUGGCUCGCCAUCAAUUAAAGGAGAUGGUCUUCUGGAAAGCACUUCUCAAAUCUGCAUUGUGGCUUCCGUUCCUGGUUAUCUUCUUCGGUGGCAUUAGUCUGAACUGUGCCAAAGCAAUUUUGUGUCACGCUUUCAGCAUCAAUAUUGAGUGGGCAUCGACUGCUAAGGAGCCAGGUCCUUCUGGCUUCUUCAUUGGUCUUGACAAGAUGGUGAAGCAGUUCAAGUAUACUUGGGCCAUAUGUUUGUUUCUUGCUGCCGUGAUGAUUUUCAUGGCCCUGGGUACUCCCUGGGGAUGGCAGAUCAAGCCGGGUGAAUAUUCGACAGCUUCGAUCGCGAUUGGCCCGCUGGCCAUCCAGAUUUGCAAUGCAGCCAUUCUUCCAUUGAUCUUAGGCCUCAACUAA